AUGGCGGCACCGGCGAGCAAACUCGGGACGGCGGCGCUGCUGCUAUGCUUUCUUGUGGCAUCUCUCCUCCUGGCAUCAUCGUUCGUUGCAGCUGCAACAGGUGCAGGCAGGAAGAUGAAGCAAACAGCUAUGGUGGCAUCGGCGCUGCAUGGCUACCCUGGAACUAAUUUACCCCCGGGAUCAUACGGUUCAUACCCGACGGCGCCAUGA